CCCGACGGGAGGCCCUCCGCGGCCGCAGCCGCUGCCCGCGGCGGCACCAUGAGUCCCCGCUCGUGCCUGCGUUCACUGCGCCUCCUGGUCUUCGCCGUCUUCUCGGCCGCCGCGAGCAACUGGCUGUACCUGGCCAAGCUGUCGUCGGUGGGGAGCAUCUCGGAGGAGGAGACAUGCGAGAAGCUCAAGGGCCUGAUUCAGAGGCAGGUGCAGAUGUGCAAGCGAAACCUGGAGGUGAUGGACUCGGUGCGCCGCGGCGCUCAGCUCGCCAUUGAGGAGUGCCAGUACCAGUUCCGGAACCGGCGCUGGAACUGCUCCACGCUCGACUCGCUGCCUGUCUUCGGCAAGGUGGUGACGCAAGGGACGCGGGAGGCGGCCUUUGUGUACGCCAUCUCUUCGGCAGGUGUGGCCUUCGCAGUGACGCGGGCGUGCAGCAGCGGGGAGCUGGAAAAGUGCGGCUGUGACCGGACAGUACACGGGGUCAGCCCACAGGGCUUCCAGUGGUCAGGAUGCUCAGACAACAUCGCCUACGGCGUGGCCUUCUCACAGUCAUUUGUGGACGUGCGCGAGAGGAGCAAGGGGGCCUCGUCCAGCCGGGCCCUCAUGAACCUCCACAACAACGAGGCCGGCAGGAAGGCUAUCCUGACACACAUGCGGGUGGAGUGCAAGUGCCACGGGGUGUCGGGCUCCUGCGAGGUAAAGACGUGCUGGCGAGCCGUGCCGCCCUUCCGCCAGGUGGGCCACGCACUCAAGGAGAAGUUUGACGGCGCCACGGAGGUGGAGCCACGCCGUGUGGGCUCCUCCAGGGCGCUGGUGCCGCGCAACGCGCAGUUCAAGCCACACACAGACGAGGACCUGGUGUACUUGGAGCCCAGCCCGGACUUCUGCGAGCAGGACACGCGCAGCGGCGUGCUGGGCACGAGGGGUCGCACGUGCAACAAGACAUCCAAGGCCAUCGACGGCUGUGAGCUGCUGUGCUGCGGCCGCGGCUUCCACACGGCACAGGUAGAGCUGGCCGAGCGCUGCAGCUGCAAAUUCCACUGGUGCUGCUUCGUCAAGUGCCGGCAGUGCCAGCGGCUCGUGGAGCUGCACACGUGCCGGUGACCGCCGCCCGGCCCUGCGCCCAGCAACCAUCUAGUGGCCCGGGGAAGGCCGAUAAUUUAAACAGUCCCCCACCACCCACCCCGAAAGAUACUGGUUGUAUUUUU